UCAGUCAGUCAUGACUUUAUUCGCUCCACAGCAGGAUUUACUCCGCGCUCCGCCAGCAACUCCUGCAAAAUGACACUUGGAGAAGUUUAACAUGGACAACAGCACCGCGACGCGCAGGAUGGAGCCCACCAUCCCGGCCAUCAUGUUCAUCUUCGGAGUCAUCAGCAACCUGAUCGCCAUCGUGGUGCUCUGCAAGUCCAGAAGGGAGCAGAAGGAGACCACCUUCUACACUCUGGUCUGCGGUCUGGCGGUCACGGAUCUCCUGGGAACCGUCCUCGCCAGUCCAGUGACCAUCGCCACUUAUGUAAAGGGCGCAUGGCCAGAUGGAGACCCCCUGUGCCAGUACUUCGGAUUCGUUCUGCUCUUCUUCUCCCUCGCUGGACUGAGCAUCAUCUGCGCCAUGUCCAUCGAGAGAUACAUCGCCAUCAAUCACGCGUAUUUCUACAACGACUACGUGGAUAAGAAGCUCGCGGGAGUCACGCUGCUCGCCAUUUACGCAUCCAACAUACUGUUCUGCGCGCUUCCGAGCGCUGGUUUUGGAGAGGUCAAGAUGCAAUACCCUCAAACCUGGUGCUUCAUCGACUGGCGGACCAACGUGAGCACGCACGCCGCGUUUUCGUUCAUGUACGCGGGAUGCAGCUCGCUGCUGAUCCUGGUGACGGUGGUCUGUAACGUGCUGGUGUGCGCCGCGCUCAUCCGGAUGCACCGGAGGUUCGUCAGGCGCACGUCGCUCGGUACUGACCCAGGCAGAGCGUCUGAUCCCGGCAGGAGCCGCAGCUUUAGCCGCCUGGCUGGCGCGGAGAUCCAGAUGGUCAUUCUGCUCAUCGCCACCUCCGCCGUCGUGCUUAUUUGCUCCAUUCCGCUCGUUGUCCAGGUGUUUCUCAACCAACUUUACAAGACGCCGGUGGAGAAACGGCUGGAAAAAAAUCCAGAUCUGUUGGCGAUCCGAUUUGCCUCGACAAACCCCAUUCUAGAUCCCUGGAUCUACAUCCUGCUGCGUAAAGCGGUUCUCUCCAAGGUGAUCGAGAACAUCAAGUGUCUUUUCUGUAGGAGUGACUCUCAGAGAACGCAGGGACAGAACAGCUUCCACUGCGUGGAUGGAGCGCAGGUGUCCUCCAUCAUCUCCAGAGACUCUCCGUCUGCCGUGUCUCGAGAGCUGAAGGAGGUGACCGAUACCUCGCAGACGUUUCUCUAUCCACCUGAGAGCUGCCUGGACACCUGUCAAUCAAGCCAGUGUGGGCGGAGCUUAUCUGACGCUUCUUCCGAAUCCUCCAAUCGGAACAGUUUAGACAGUUCGUCAAAAGAUCAAACCUUACAAGUGACUAUAACCAAUGAGACAUUUCAAGAGAAGAGCAUUUAACUCCUUCUGAUGUGUUUGUAUUUGUGUUCACAUCAUGUAAGGACGCUUCUAAGGACCAUUAAAACAUGGAGAUUUUCUCUGAUCUGCCUUCUGCACUUUAAGCGAGUGUUGAUUUCAGAUCAGUGGAGUUGAAUGUAAAUGUCAUAAAAGGAAUAGUUUACCCAAAAAUGAAAACGUGCUGAAAAUGCGCUCUGCAUCAGUGUCUCAGUAAUGGAUGCUCUGCAGUGAAUGGGUGCCGUCAGAAUGAGAGUCUUAAAAAUGCUGGAUGUGUCUCAGCUUUUGUCUUCUCCAGAUGUUAACUGAUGGACUGGAGUGCUGUGGAUUAUUGUGAUGUUUUUAUCAGACUCUCAUUCUGACGGCACCCAUUCACUGCAGAGCAUCCAUCGCUGAGACACUGAUGCAGAGACACAUUUCUACAAACCUGAUGAAGAAACACACUCAUCCUGAUCUCGGAUGAUCCUGAGGGUGAACGCAUGUUCAGCACAUUUUCCAAAUUUUUGGGGGUGAACUAUUCCUUUAAAUAAGAUUAUUUAUUUGAGUGAGUUUUUCAGCCAUAAAGUCUUCAAGGAUUGUUUCGAUCAGUUUGGUUGUAAGUCAAAUACAUCUCUAUCUGCCGGCGUACUGUACACAUGUGUGUUUGUUUUUCCAGAAGAGUUCAAAUCAGUCUAAUCAAGAUCAACAAAAACAAGCCCUGCAGGAAAUAACCUAGUGGAGAUGUUUGCAUAAAAAAACCUUUCCAGUUUCUGUGUGUCCUGCUUCCCAAACAGCAGAUAAAUAAAUACUCGAUGCAGUUUGGCUCUCGUGCACUGCAAAAAAAAAAAGAUUUUCUUACUUGGUAUUUU